GAACUCUGCAACUCCAGUGAAAAACAAGCAUUGCUGUCUUCACCAAAAUCAGAAGGGCUGUUCCCCAUGUUCUGCUAUAAUUUAGCAUUCAGCUGGUGUGAACCAAGCCGCUGAAAUCAUUCUGUCCCACUUUCUUUUCAUAGUUUAGCUCUACCUCCCGGACCGGGAGCCAGAGUGGCUUCGAUAGUCUUGUUGACCGUCUUUGCUGGUGUUUUUUUUCCAUGCCAGAAAUCAGACGCACGUCCCCUGCACCCUCCAAGAAGGCAGCAGGCAUAACGACAGAUACAGACAUAACGGGGCACGUGCACAGAAGGGUUUCUGAGUUUUAAAAUUCAGCAAUUCAAAAUCCAGUGGGCGACCCAGCACCCGGCGGAAUUGGGGCACUGCUGGCCGUGCCUCCCGCGGCCCCAUGGAGUACGUCAGCACGCGGGGAGGCCCGGGCGCCGUGGACUUCGAAGGAGCCCUCUUCUCCGGCUAUGAGCCCAACGGGGGCCUCUUCAUGCCCAGCGCCUUGCCCCGGCUCGACGCGCCCACGCUGCGCCGCUGGAGCACCUUCUCCUACCCACAGCUGGUGAAGGAGCUGUGCUCCCUCUUUGUCACUGCCGAGCUCGUCCCUAGGCGCGACCUGGACGACCUGAUUGACAAGGCCUUCAGCAGGUUCAGACACAAGGACGUGGUCCAUCUGUCCAGGCUGAAGGAUGGGCUGAACGUUUUGGAGCUCUGGCAUGGGCCUACUUACGCUUUUAAGGACCUGUCUCUGUCCUGCACGGGGCAGUUUUUACAGUAUUUCCUGGAGAAAAAGCAGAAGCACAUCACUAUCCUGGUGGGGACAUCAGGGGACACGGGGAGCUCAGCAAUUGAGAGCGUGAGAGGGCAGAAGAACUUGGACAUCUUUGUUCUGCUGCCCCACGGACUCUGCAGCCAGAUACAGGAGCUUCAGAUGACCACUGUCAUUGAAGAAAAUGUCCACGUCUUUGCUGUUCAUGGGACCAGUGAUGAAAUUGAAGAGCCGAUCAAGGAAUUAUUUGCCAAUGCUGAUUUUGCCAGAAAACACAACCUGAUGAGCUUGAAUUCAAUCAACUGGUCGAGGAUUAUGGUGCAGCUUGCUCACCACUUCUACGCUUACUUUCAGUGCGCACCAUCCCUAGACACCACCCCCCUGCCCGUGGUGGAAAUCGUCGUGCCAACGGGAGGAGGAGGAAAUAUCACAGCUGGCUGUAUUGCCCAGAAAAUGGGUCUUCCGAUCCGACUUGUUGCCGUGGUUAACAGCAAUGACAUCAUUCAUAGGGCUGUUCAACAUGGAGAUUUCUCACUGUCAGGGGGUGUGAAGGCUACGCUAGCAUCAGCCAUGGAUAUUCAGGAGCCUUACAACAUGGAGAGGAUCCUCUGGCUGCUUUCCGACGGCGACAGCAGCCUCAUCAAAACUCUGAUGGAACAAUUCAGCGUGUCCAAAAGCCUCAAGCUCCCGGAGGAUUUGCACAGAAAGCUCGUGCAGACUCUGGGCUCGUGCGCGGCCUCUGACGAGGACAUCGUGCGAGCGAUGAGGCGCUGCUGGGAGGAGAACCACUACCUGCUGUGUCCCCACUCUGCCGUGGCUGCUCACUACCACUACGGGCAGCUGGGCUGCGGGAGCCGCAGCACGCCUCGCUGUUGCUUAGCCCCGGCCUCAGCGGCCAAGUUUCGGGAUGCCGUGCUCAGCGCCGGCCUGGUUCCCGACGUCCCUCCGGAAAUCAGUGUCCUGACAACGCUGGAGACCAGGUCAACCCCCCUGAAGAAAGGGGAGGAUUGGGCAAAAACCCUCCGGGAGCAGAUAGAAGAUGUGACCCGGCGGAGGAAGAUGUAAGUGGGGUCACAGGACACCGCUGCGUGGCAACUUGCCUGGAUGUGGCCUGGAUUUGUGCUAUAAAGGCAAACGCAUACUAAGGCUCAUUUUCCAUCUUGAGGAGUGAUAUUUCUCUAAGAGGCAAGUCUACGCUCUCUGUAUGUUUAACUAGAGAAUUAUUCAUACGCACGUCCUUUUAACUUUUUGAAUUAAAUAGAAUAAUUUUGAAUUAAAUAGAAUAUUUUGAAAAAUGUUCAGAAAAGAGCUUUCUAACUGUUGUCUUUUUCCUCUAAUUUCAUUAAAGCCUAUUGAAGCUUUCAAGAAA